UGUUAACAAAAAAUGUUGCCAUCUUCAUUUCCCCGGCCCUCGUAGGACUACUGCACAAGUCUAAUCACUAGUAUCAUGGCAGACGACAGGCCUUCAGGCCCCAGCAGGGAAGAGUCUUCUGCCCAGACAUCCAGCGAGUGUUUUGAUUUUGAUGACAGGCCAAAUAUCACACAAAUGAGAGAGGCACAAGGAAUCAAGUAUAACUGGACUGACAUCACGGAGGAGUUCACCGAUGCAGCAUCACAGCUGCAACUCGGGGAACUCUUACACGAUGCAAACUUUGGUCUGUUUGAGGCUAUGUCGGCCAUAGAGAUGAUGGAUCCCAAGAUGGACGCCGGCAUGAUGUGUAACCAGACAGAGCGGCAAGUCAUGGGCUUGGAGCAAUCCAUCCAACACCGCGGCCUCAAGAUUAAGGAUCUGUCGCCUGACGAACUGGUGGGAAUCAUAGAUAACACGCUGGCGUGUAUAGCCACAUGGUUGGAAGGUCACUCCCUUGCCCAGACUGUCUUCACCAAUCUCUACACACACAAUCCUGACCUGAUUGAAGAUCGCUGUGUCAGGGCCUUCACCUUGGCCGUCUUGAAGAUAGUGGACAUCGUCAAGGACAAAGUGGUCCGAGCUUCAGUGUUUGAAGAGGAGGAUUUUCAGUCCAUGACGUAUGGUUUCAAGCUUGCCCACAACGUGACUGAUCUCAGGGUAGUGGGAAUGCUGAGGGAAGUGGAAGAGGAGUUCAACCGACGAAUCAAGAGCACAAGGAGCCGACAGGGUGAGGAGCGGGAUGCAGCCACAGAGCUUCAGCAUGAGCAGUGCCUAGCCGUUCAAUGGCGACUCAAGUUCUGCCGGAUGUUCUACACAGCUCUCCUAGCUACCAACAAAAAAGAGGUAAAGCAGGGAGUGGAGGAAGCACGGAAGCUUCUUAUCCAGGCUGGCGAUCUACUUCCGCUCAUACAGAAAUCCAUCCAUCUAGGCAUCCAACCAGAGACCGCUCAGGGUGACACAGAUGGAAAGGACAGAGUCACAGAUUUCCCGCUGAUCAUGGGCUUCGAGCCCCUGGUCAACCAGAGACUUCUGCCACCAACCUUCCCUCGAUACUCCAAGAUCAUUGACCGUGCCGCAGCCGUCACGUACUUUGAGGGUCUGGUAGGGAGGUUAAGGACAGUCUGCGAGGUGACCAAUCUAAACUCCUUCCAUGCCAUCAUGGAUUUCACCGGUGAGGUCAGCAAGCAGUGUCCCUGUGUACUGUCCCGCUCCGUUCUGCAACUCCUCUUUCUCCCAUUCAACAACAAGAAGGUCUUUGGCGUGGAAUUGGUGCAGGAAUCCCUGAGAGAUUGCAUCCGAUCCUUUGUGUACCCGCCAGCGCUCGUGCCAAGGUCGCCGAUCUACAACAACCCUCAAGUCAAGGAGAUGGUGGAUUCACUGCUGCUACACGCUGUCAGGCCCAUGUGCACCAUAGUACAGAUACAGGGCCACAACCGGGCCAGACAGCGGGACAAACUGGGCCAAGUCCUCGAAGAACUUGCCAAUCUCCAAGAUGAGGCUGAGAAGGUUGACGCUGGCGUCCUGUCCUUCAUGACCAAGUCGGAUCCCAAGUGGCCCCAUCAAGCGUGCUUCGGCAGCUGGGUCAUGUACCACACACUGCGCACCAUGAUACGUUAUGUCCUGUCGGGAUUUGAACUGGAGCUGUACGCAGCACAUGAGUAUCACUACAUCUACUGGUAUCUGGCAGACUUCCUCUACGCCUGGUUCAUCUCCACCAUCACCAGGGCAGACAGCAUGUUACAGGACAACGAGGCGGCGUUCACCGAACCGACAGCCAAAAGUCGCAGCAACAAGAAGAAGAGCAAACGACGCAAGAUACGACCGUUUGAGCGGGAGUUAGCCAUCGCGCAGUCCUAUCAGCUCCUGUGCUCAGCAUACUACAAGGCUGUGGUGGGUUUCACCAUGGACGGUAAGCUCAAGCGCCCCAACUGCAUGUUUGACAACGAGAAGGUGCGCUUUGAGCACCGCUUCGCCGCCUUCAGCGCGGUCCUGACCCCACCCCUCGUGCAGUACGAGACGUUCUGCGAGAUGACGGAUAUCCGUAAGAUGGACGCCAACCGGACCCCACUGGAUGUGUACUACACGGCCUACAAGUUCUUCAUGCAGGCGUCGUCGAUGCUGGAGAAAAUCCCCAACCUUACACCAGAGCUCAAUGCACUGAUCCGGGUGGCCAAGACUAACGUGGUGGUCAUCAAGCUGCUCAUGGGAGGCCACAAGAGGGACUCCAAAGUACCCCCCGAGUUUGACUUCGGCACUCACAACAUCUUCCCGAUAAUCAAACUCAAGUAAGCCAAGACCAUCAAAACACUGACGGCAGAACGUGAGACUCUGAACUUCACUCCGAGUUGGACUAAACGCAGUUUAAAAAAAAAAUUGGCAAUUUAGAAUAUGAGAUCUACUAGCGUGUUGUCAGCCUACUGACCUGUGGCGUGGAGGUCAACUUAAUUUAAAGAUUCAUGACCAAGGCAUGUAUUUCUAUGCACUGCGUUCCGCUUGGCGCAAAGUGUACCAGAGAAACAGGCCAAUCAGAGCACAGAUAUGGCAGCAUCAUCAAGAAGGCAAAGCAACCAAACCUCAGGGGUGUUGCCUGUUUUCAGGUGCAAGUGUUACGGUAGAUUGGUUAUCUGACUUUAAGAGGUAAUUUGAAAAUAUUC